AUGACAAAGUCAGAAUCCAAAAAUAUCUUGUCUGGUGAGGAUCCAGAAUGGGAGAUUUGGGAGCAGAUUGGAUCCAGCUUUGUGCAACAUUACUACCAGUUAUUUGAUAAUGUCAGAACCCAAUUAGGAGCAGUAUAUAUUGAUGCCUCUUGCCUUACAUGGGAAGGGCAGCAAUUCCAAGGCAAAGCAGCCAUUGUGGAGAAAUUGUUUAGCCUUCCGUUUCAGAAAAUCCAGCACAGUAUCACAGCUCAGGACCACCAGCCCACCCCUGACAGCUGUAUACUCAGUAUGGUGGUGGGGCAGCUAAAGGCUGAUGAAGACCCCAUCAUGGGAUUCCACCAGAUAUUUCUAUUAAAGAACAUCAACGAUGCUUGGGUGUGCACCAAAGACUUGUUCAGGCUAGCGUUGCACAAUUUCGGCUGA